AGUCAAGCAAGUCUCAAGUAAAAUAAUAUGCGACUAGAGCCUGACUCGAGUCAAGUCAUGUGACUCGAGUCCCUACCUCUGCUGAACAGACACCCACUUGACAAACAAAUGACGAGUGGAAAUGUGGGCAUGGCUGUGGUUGGGCUGCCAAAUUAGGGUAUGCUUUCAAAGUCACAUUUCCUUCAAUGUCAUUCUUAAAAGUUUCAUGAGGUUAUACAAACUUACCCUUUCAGUAAAACAGUAUUUUAGUCAUGCAUUGACAGUGAAGGUGUCUUUAGUGCUGUUUUAAAGUUUGUGUGCUGUUUGACUUUGUACAGCUCAAAUAACACAUGAAAAGGUGAAUAACGUUGGGCACAUGUGUUCUCAGAGUCAGACGUAAACAGUAUCAACUCAGAAUCACUGUGUUGGCUCUUUUGUUUUUCUUCGUAAUGUGAUUUACAGUACAUAAAGCCGACAAAUACUGUGUUAAAGUGAACACUAUGAGUGACAAUGAUUAAACUAAAAUUAGAUUUAUGUUUCCUUGUGAAACACUUCCCUUCUUGCACCUCUAACCUCAUUAUAUAUCCUGUAGGGCAGGUCUCUUCAGAGGAAACAGAUUCAGUGGUCAGUCAAAGGAAGAUAAAUGGCUUUUUCUCUGUCAUUGUAUCUGUGACAUGUGAAUUUACUCUUGCUUUGAUGUAAAAUGACUGACUGCUUUGAGACUAGAAAGAAAAGUUAUGCGUACAAAAUGUUUACUCAUUCAUUAUUUGGCAAAAAAUCUGCAACAAAAAUGCAUUUGGACAAAAAUAGCUCUAUUACAAAGUAAUGCAUUACUGCACCAGACCUACAUCAUGUCCUAAAGGUACUGAUAUUUCAGUGACAAAAUGAAUGACCACGUACACACAUUUACAGUGAGCUUCAAUAGCAAAAUGCUUUUGACACGGACAAGAAUAAAAGUAAAUUCCCAUUGCAGUGGAAAUUCUGUACACUGUUGUGACAGGAAGUUUGUCUGUCAGUUGUUUAGUCGUCUUUUGUGUGUCUGCAGCGUAUCAGUAUGUCACACAAUGUCACAUGGUGUUUGAUCAGACAGUUUUUCCAUUUCAUUGAAAAGGGGACAUGAUCGAAGGUUUGGUAAAUUGAGGGCCGAGGUCUGCCUUUCAGCCAAUCACAAUGACUUCUACUUUGUUAACCUUGAUGACUUUUGGGUAAAUGUUCCAUUUGGGUGCGCAGACAUCAGCAGUGCAAGGGAAGGGCUCUGUGGCACAAUGAUGGGAAGACUGGCUGCUCUGUUUCUUCUAAGGACAUUGUCCCUGAUUCAAACUGCAGAGGUUCCUCACCAGAUAUCUUUGACUCCGGUGGAACUUGGUGGUAAUUUGACUCUGACAUGUUCAGUCUUUAAAAAUGAAGCGGGGAUGGUUUACUGGUAUAAGCUGAAGUUUGGAUAUAUGUUUCAAACUGUUGCGGCAGGAACUUUUGACAAAAUACAACUUCAAGGACAAUUUAACAACUCAAGAUUCAACAUCACAAAACGGCAUGCUCAGAAUAUUUUAAACAUCAAAAAUGUCACAAAAGAAGAUGAAGCAAUGUACUUCUGUCAAGCAGGGUCGGCAUACAAAAUGGAAAUGAUUUACGGCACACUUUUAGUUGUGAAUGAUCAUAAAAAUCUGAAGAAAUCUGUCUACGUGAAGCAAAGUCCGAAGACUGAGUCAGUCCAGCCCGGCGACUCAGUGACUCUCCAGUGUUCACUCCUCUCCAAACACAAAGAAAACACACAUCAGUGUCCAGACGAACACAAUGUGUACUGGUUCAGAUCUGGAUCAGGACAAUCCCAUCCAAGCAUCAUUUACACUCACAGUGAGGAACAAAAGGAACGCAGUUGUGUCUUCAGUCUGUCCAAAACUAUACACAACUCCUCUGAUACCGGGACGUAUUACUGUGCUGUGGCUACAUGUGGACAGAUCCUGUUUGGAGAAGGAACUACAGUGGAGACAAGAUCAAAACUGGACGCAGUUGUCCUCGUACUUGGAGCACUGUUGGCCUGCUCUUUGACUUUAAUCGUCAUCCUUACUUUCUACGUAAAUCGAGGAGUUUGUCGACACUGCAAAGUAGCAACGUGUACCACCCGUAAUCCUAGAGCCAACGAGGCGGCAGUGGAUGAAUCAACUGACCUGGAUGGAGGCGAAGAGGCGGUAAACUAUGCAGCACUGAAUUACUCCACAAGAAAAGUGAAGCAAAAGCAAGAGUUACCACAGGAGUGUGUGUACUCCGCUGUGAGAGCAAACCACACACAGCACCACGCGCCCGUGUGAGCUUUAGCUUAGCUCAGCUUUGCAUGUUUUUAACAAAUGUUUUGCUGUUAAUUACUUUGCUUUAUAUUUUGCUUUUAAAAAGCUAGUUGUUGAUGUGACAUGCACAAAAGAACACUGCUUGUUGCACAGGCAUGAGGAGGCGACUGAGAAUGCCUCGAGUUGAAAUCAAUAAACUUUUCAAACACCCGGA